GAAGCCGCGGGCUGCGCAUGCUCGGUUCCCAGCGGGCCUCCCGGUCUUCCGGUAGCCGCCACCGCGUCCCCGGCCUAGAGCGUCACCAACGCACGGAGAAGCCGCGGGCUGCGCAUGCUCGGUCCCCAGCGCGGGCCUAUCUCCCGGAGCUGCGGCGGCGCGAGGUGCGGCCUUGGGGGCUGCGGGUGGCGGCCGACGGACAGGAGCGUGUUUAGAGAGGACCCAGGAAAGAUACGGGCAGUGGCAGGUAGACUGGAGGAGGGUACACUGACGCUGAAGUACUAUGAGCUUUCAGAACUUCUGGAAAGACUACAAAGUUCUAGUUGUUAUGGUACCUCUGAUUGGGUUCAUACAUUUGGGGUGGCACAGGAUCAAAAGCAGCCCUGUUUUCCAAAUUCCUAGUAAGGACAACCUCUCUGAACCAGGCAGUCUGGCUCUUACAAGUCCUAAGAAGAACCACCUCCCAGGGAAGUAGCAGGCUGGCAAGUUUCAGAAAGAAGCAGCUCUGAGUCAGAGCUUGAUCUAGAAAGAAGAGAUGAAAAAUAGCAGUUGGAUCAGAAAGAACUGGCUUCUUGUAGCUGUGGUUUCCUUCAUAGGUGUCCAUCUUGGAACGUAUUUUAUACAGAGGGCUGCAAAACAGUCUGUAAAGUCUCAGCCUGAAGGCAAACAAAGGAAUUUGAAUAAUGAAGUAAAAUAAAUAUUUGGAAUUACUAAAAUGUCAUUAUAUCAAUCAUUAUGUGCCGAUUAGCUUCAUAAGCAUGGAGCUCAGUAUUUAAUUUUAUAGCCACAAUGCUGUAAAUCCGAACUCUUGAUUCCUGAAAAAUAAUCUUGUUAAAUGUUAAAAACCCACGACAAUACAAUGAAUAGAAAACUCUGGUUAACAAAAUAAAAACUUUCUUCACAAAUUACCUUGCAGUAACAUGUCUCGUUUAGAAGCUAAAAAGCCCUCGAUCUGCAGAAGUGAGCCCCUGACAGGCGAGCGCACCAGGGCCAGCCUGGCAGCCUUGAGGGGCCUCGUCACGUCGUGCUACGGCCCGGCGGGCAGGCUGAAGCAGCUGCACAACGGCCGGGGCGGCUCCGUGGUGACCACGUCCCAGUCGGCCGCCCUCCUCGCCGGCCUGCCCGUCAGCCACCCCGUGUUAAAGGUCCUGACGGCCGCCGUGCGCAAUCACGUGGCCUGCUUCAGCGAUGGCGGCUUAUUCACAGCCAUUCUUUGCUGCAACCUUGUCGAAAAUGUUCAGAGACUAGGCUUGACACCCACCACGGUUAUUAAGUUAAAUAAGCAUCUUUUGAGCCUCUGCACCAGUUACUUGAAAUCUGAGGUCUGUGCUUGCCGAAUCCCGGUCGACUUUAGUAGUACCCAGAUCCUCCUGAGUUUGGUACGCAGCAUAUUAACAAGUAAACCUGCCUGCAUGCUCAUCGCAAAGGAAGUUGACCAUAUCAGUACUCUGAUUCUGAGAGCCUUUCUGCUUACAAUUCCAGAGAAUGCCCAAGAGCACAUCAUUUUAGGAAAGAGUAUAAUUGUUCCUUUAAAAGGGCAAAGGGUUAUAGAUUCUGCUGUGUUACCUGGAAUACUAAUUGAAGUAUCAGAAGUUCAAUUGAUGAAGAUACUACCUAUCAAAAAAUCAGAUUCCUUCAAGGUGGCACUCUUUGGUGUGUCUUUAUCCGGAGACCUUUCUGAUACUGGAGAAGGAACACUGUUGGUCAGUUACGGAGUUUCUCUUGAAAAUGCAGCUCUAGACCAGUUGUUUAACCUAGGAAAACAGCUAGUUAGUGACCAUGUAGAUCUUGUCUUGUGUCAAAAAGUUAUACACCCAUCUUUGAAACAGUUUCUCAGAACUCAUCAUGUUAUUGCUGUAGACAGAAUUGGAGUGUCUCUGAUGGAACCCCUGAGUAAAGUGACAGGAGCUUGGCCUAUUGGUUCCUUGGGCUCAAUCUCUCCCAGUAGUUAUGGAAGUAUAAAAGAUUUGUGCAUUGCAAAGUUUGGCUGCAAACAUUUUUUUCAUCUUAUUCCUAACAAAACAACCAUCUGUAGCCUGCUUCUCUGCAACAGAAAUGACACAGCCUGGGAUGAGCUGAAGCUCACGUGUCAAACAGCACUGCAUGCUUUGCAGUUAACAAUCAAGGACCCGUACGUUUUGUUGGGAGGUGGCUGUACUGAAACUCAUUUGGUGGCAUAUAUCAGACACAAGACCCGUAAUGAGCCAGAAAGCGUUCUUCAAGAUGAGAGAUGCUCUCAGACAGAACUCCAGCUGAUCACUGAUGCAUUCUGCAGUGCUCUUGAAUCUCUCGCUGGCUCUUUAGAGCACGACGGAGGUGAAAUUCUUACCGAUAGCAAAUAUGGACACUUCUGGUCGGUUCAGGCCAAUUUGCCUUCUGCUGUGAACUGGCCAGAUUUGCUUUCCAGAUGUGGCUGUGGACUCUACAGCAGCCAGGAAGAACUCAGCUGGUCCUUCCUAAGAAGCGUUCGUCAUCCCUUCCCACCGCAAACCUGCCUUUCCUGUGAAGCCACAGGCUCGGCCAGCACCCUGACCUUGGACUGCUUUACCGCGAAGCUUAGUGGCCUGCAGGUGGCUGUGGAGACUGCUAGUUUGAUUUUGGAUCUUUCAUGUGUCAUUGAAGAUACAAACUGAUAUAAUGUUAUCUUACAAAAAGAAAAACUAGUAUUGAGUUUAUAUGUUCUCUUUGAAAGGCCUGUUCUCCAUAUUGAGAUUGAUGAUUCAUAAAAUCAUAGAUUUACUUAUUUAAGGAAAAAAGAGUUGAUUCUUGAAUAGAAAUACUAUAGAAUAAUAAAAAUAUGAAGCAUUAUUGAAAAUAUGGUAAUUCUGUCAGUGAGUUCAUAGAUACUGCUGUAGAUUGUAAUAAGUUUCUGUUCUCGUUAUUUUGACGUUAUUCUAAGAGUAUACAGAAAUUUUAAAACA